GCGGCGGUGGCCACAGCCUGGCCGCGUGACCCGCGCGCGCCAAUGGCCCGGCGGUCUCCGGGGCGACGCGGAGGGUCCGCGCUCCGCCGCCACUGCGCCCCCGCCCCGAGUCCGCACUGCAGAGAGUGGUGGCGAGCAGGCGCCGGCGCUCUAGCCCAAGUGCCGCGCUGAGAGAGGGACAGGGAGAGGAAGAAGGAGAGGGAGUGAGAGGCAGCCAGGAAAAGAGGGGCGCACGACCCCGCUGCCGCUCGGCGCAGCCCCUGCGCCCCACCUGCUGGGACCUCGAAGAGGAAGGACCCCGACCCAGAGGAAGGCUGUGGAGAUCUGGGCUGUCUGCUGUCGCCCUGGGAGUUGGCCUGAUACAUGUGCACCACGCAGUGAUCAUUAUCCCCUAAAUUAGGCUCCACAGAGAUUGGGGACAUGCCAUUGACCCUGUUGCAGGAUUGGUGUCGGGGGGAACAUCUGAACACGCAGAGGUCCAUGCUUAUCCUGGGGAUUCCUGAGGACUGUGGUGAGGAUGAAUUUGAGGAGACUCUUCAGGAUGCUCUCAGGCACCUGGGCAGGUAUAGGGUCAUUGGCAGGAUGUUCAGGAGGGAAGAGAAUGCCCAAGCAUUUCUCUUGGAGCUUGCCCAAGAUAUUGACUAUGCUUUGAUCCCCAGGGAAAUACCCGGAAAGGGAGGGCCCUGGGAAGUGGUUGUAAAACCUCGGAACUCAGAUGGGGAAUUUCUCAAUAGACUGAACCGCUUCUUAGAGGAGGAGAGGCGGACAGUGUCAGAUAUGAACAGAGUGCUUGGAUCAGACACCAACUGCCCUGCUCCAAGAGUGGCCAUAUCACCUGACUUCUGGACCUGGGCCCAGACCCUGGGGGCAGCAGUGCAGCCUCUGCUAGAACAAAUGUACAGAGAACUAAGAGUCUUUUCUGGGAACACUGUGUCCAUCCCAGGGGCAUUGGCCUUUGAAGCCUGGCUUGAGCACACCACUGAGGUGCUACAGAUGUGGCAGGUGCCUGAGGGUGAAAAGAGGCGGCGGCUGAUGGAAUGCUUGCGGGGCCCUGCUCUGCAGGUGGUCAGUGGGCUCCGGGCUAACAAUGCUGCCAUAACUGUGGAGGAGUGCCUGGCAGCCCUGCAACAGGUAUUUGGACCUGUGGAAAGUCGUAAAAUCGCCCAUGUGAAAUUUUAUAAGGCCUAUCAGGAGGUGGGAGAGAAAGUCUCCAGCUUUGUGUUGCGUUUAGAACCCCUGCUCCAAAGAGCUGUAGAAAAAAAUGCAGUAUUGCGAAGGAAUGUGAAUCAGGCUCGCCUGAAACAAGUCUUAAGUGGGGCUACCCUUACUGACAAACUUCGAGACAGGCUUAAGUUGAUGAAACAGCGAAGGAAACCACCUGGCUUUCUGGCACUGGUGAAGCUCCUGCGUGAGGAGGAGGAGUGGGAGGCCACUUUUGGUCCAGAAAGGGGGAGGCUACAGGGGCUGGAUGCAGGAGUAAGGCCAUCUGCCAGAGCCAAUGCUCUCAGAGCAGUGUCUUUUGCUGCCCCUGGCAGCACUCUUCAGGCCAGGCCUUCCCAAGGUUCCCGGCGCAGGAGAGGCAGAGGACAGCAUCGAAGGGGGCGUGUGCUAAGGGCCAGCUCCCAAGGUUCAGGAAAACGGAAACAUCACACAUUCUGCUAUAGCUGUGGAGAAGAUGGCCACAUCAGGGCACAGUGUAGCAACCCUCCAAACCCGCUCUUGGUAAAGCAGAAGAGACAGGCUGCAAUGGAGUCGGGAAAUGGGAACAGGGCUUGGGAAAAGAGCCAUCCCAAGCCCAAAGCCAAGUAGGCUCAGGAGAACAAGGCACCUCUUCUUAUUUCAGGCAGAGGAAACAAAAGAGAUAUUGGAAAAAGGGAAAGGGGCAGCCCACAGAAACAGCAGGGGACUUGAGUGGGGUAGAGGGGCAAAGAAGCCAUGCCCAGGCUGAGCCCCCUCAUCCUCUGCCAGAUGAAAAAGACUCCACUCACCAAGCUACAUGGGACUCAGUGAAGGCCAACAGUGCACUGAAGUGCCAGAGACACAACUGGGGGGUUGCCCCACCGAGCACAUGGGGUGCACCAGCUGCAGGCAAAGACCCCAACACAGCAGAGGCUGAGGAAAGUAGAGCUGGGGACUCAUUCAUCAGCCCCAUCAUCUGGCCACCCCCAAAUGCCCACCCUGUGGGCUCUGAGCUAAAGAUGCCAACUGGCCCGCAGGCCACGUGGGGCCUGGAGGAGCCUUCCCCAGGACCAGCCCUACCUGAAGGAGUCAUCUCAGGCAAAGAAGAGCUGUACAACAGACAGGUAAUGCCGCAGACAGGAGGCCACAUGGUCCAGCCUGUUUUCAAGAUUAUCCAUCUACACUAUUCUAGGGGACCCCCAGGAAGGCAGAGCCCUCAAGCCCCUGCACAAGUGAGGGCAGGAGAACCAAAGGCUCUGGGAGCCUAGCACCAGCCUACAGGCAGUUUCCUUCUGCUGCAGCCUGGAAGGGCUAUAGGGGCAAGGAGAGCAAAAACUACAAGGAGAAGAUCCUUGGGCCAGAGCUUCAGCUCAGCCAGGCAGGUGGGAGUACUGGUACUUGGUGGGCCAGUACCUCACAGCUGGCUUUGGUGUGAGUGAGUGUGUAGCAGAGACUCUUUGGUUCCAAAGCAGGAGGAGGAGGAAGAGAAAGAGAAGGAAGUGGAAGAGGAGGAGGAGAAAAGGGUGUAGGAGAGAAGGAAGAGAAAGAGGUA